GAUGUCGUCGCCUCGUCGGAGUAAAAACGCACCAUCACUGACUUAAGCAAGCACAGCACCAACUGCGAGCGUCGAGCGAAUUGUGCAGGAGUACAGGAGUAGAGAAUACAGAGAAUUGGAAGGCCGGUUUUCUUCUUCGUAUUGAAGUUUGAGAUUACAACAAUAUGGUGCAGCUAUAAUGUUGCGAAAUCAUUUGUUGUUGAUUUAGAUUCAUUCCUUCUCUUUCAUUUCUUUCAGCUUGUCGCAUUCACUUUUCAAUUCCAUCAAUUCGUCUGCGGCAUCUGAUUUCAUUUUCGUUGCUGUUAAUAUUCUCACGUGUGUAAUUGUGUGAGAAAUGAUGCAUGCUUCAACAGUAAUACUCAUCUUGAUUUGCACUUUUGUCGAGGUACGCAGCGUUGAUUUGGAAUACAAAACCUUCCGAUGUCCAAAUGGAACGUACAUCAGCAAUCGAUUAGUUUGUGAUGGAAAAAUCGACUGUGUUGGUAACUCGAACUUUAAUCGUACAUAUCAUGAUGAUUCCAAUAAUUGUGAUCAAGCAAACUGCGGCCCGGGGAAAUUCAACUGCAGAACUUCGGAGCUUCAUCAUGCCCGUUGGCAGAUGUCUUAUACUUGUAAGAAUGCUACAGUUCGAUGUAAUACCCUUGAUGAUUGUUUUGAUACCAAUGACGAAUAUAACUGCGGCGAUGAAAUCGAUGUUGAAAAUUGCUCAUUGGGUAGAGGAAAAUAUUUAUGUGACGAUGGAUUAAGAUGUUUGGAUUUCAACCUCACUUGUGAUGGUUUUUGUAAUUGCUUCGAUUGUUCUGACGAAAAAAACGGCUGCUUAAAUGACGGAUAUUCGAACGAUAAUACUGUAAAAUCGUCUCAAAUAGCGUGUUUCAAGUCUCCUAAUGGACCUUUGUGUUGUUCAGAAUUCGAUUCUAUUUAUUGUCAAGAAUGCGACUCACGAAAUGAUAUUUGCGAUCACAAAUGUGUUCAAUUGGUCAAUACGAGUUAUUCCGGAUGUUUUUGUGACGAAAAUUAUGUCGCACGAUUCGGCGAUAUCAGGAAUUCCAAAUGUUGGCCGCAGAAUAACAUGGUAAACGGGAUUACGCUAUUGUACUGGACAAAUCGCAGAUUCAGAUCAAGGAAUCUUUUCACCCAUACGGAUUAUGUUUUGAAAGAAUUGACGUACGAAUGUACUGCCUCAACUGCCGCCCAUGAUUACUCGUAUUACGCUAUCGAUGAAAAUUUCAGAAGCAAUCUUGUUUAUUCUGAUUAUUUUCAUAAUGAUUCGACCCCCAAGAAUAAACGAAUUUUCAAAAUGUCAACGAUUUCUAAAGAUGAGCCGCACGAAGUCAUCAAGUCUGAUGAAAAAAUUGUAUCUCUUGCUGUCGAUUGGAUAACGAAUAAUAUUUAUUAUUCAACAUCAUCGUCUCUGUCAGUUUGUUCAAAUGACGGUAGAAUUUGCAAACAGCUCAAAUCCGGUGAUAUCAGUAUUGUUACGUUGGCUCCAAAAUUUGGAUUAAUGUUUUGGGUUGCACCCUUGGGAUGGGACUUAUAUUAUGUGGUAAAGUCUUCGAUGGAUGGAUCCAGCGAGAAGUAUUUCAAUGACGUUAAUAUAAUGGAGGCUGCAGGUACAAUGCUGGUAGCGGAUGAAUUAACCGAGAGGUUAUAUUUCUAUAGAACUGGAUUUAGAUCUGGAUCUCAGAUACGAUCUGUAACUUUUAAAGGAGAUCAAAUGAAGGUUUGGACAUUCGAUUCUGAUAUGCACUUUGGCACUGUUUUCGAAAAUGAAAUUUUCUUCAUCAGUAAUGAUCAAAAUAGAAUUUCCAGCAUGAAUUUGAAAACUAAAAUAGUUUCGCAGCGAGUUACCAUCGACAAAAGUUUGUACCCGAAUGAUGUCAUAAAUAAAUUGCACGUGUAUAAUCCUCUCCUUCAACGAACCAAGAUUCCGAAUCCUUGUCCAGCGUCGUGCUCUGGAUUAUGUUUGCUGCGCCCGUCUUCGUCUAAAGGUUUUUUAAAUUACACUUGUUUGAAUGAUGAAUCUGGGUCCACUAUUAGUUUUGGCGUUUUAGUGUUUAUUAUAGUUUUAGGGAGUGGUCUUAUUUUCACUGGUGUUCAUGUUUUGUAUUUUAAAGUUUACAAGCGAAAUUCUUUGAAAUUUUGUUGUACAUAAUGGUACAUAUUUGUAUACUUACCUAAAUGUGAAAAAAGAUCAAGGAAUAGAAAUAGAAUAAGGUAACCUAAAGAUAGAUCGAGUUUUUCGUCAGUAUAAGAUGCAAUUUUUCCUUUCAAUUGCUUGUAGAGGAAGAAACAGCUUCAAGUUUUAUUAUUAGGUUUUGCUUAGUUUUUAGUAUUUACCAGUUUUAAAGUAUAAUUUUUUUUUAAAUAUUAUUAUUCCAGUGCAGUUUUUUUUUAUUAAAUGCUCAUACUUUUUUGGUAGGUAUUCGUUAAUUAUUAAUUGAAUCCGUGUGGUCUCGAAAAAUUUCAUUAAUGUGAACAAAGAAACGCUGUGUCAGUGUAUCAGAGAUGGUAGAAUAAAUAAUAAAUAAUUUCGUGAA